AUGUCAUUCAAUUCGUCCGAUACACCAUCGUCGUUAUACUUACUGGUCGAUGAACAUGCUGGUGGUGUGCUCGUGCCAUGGAUAAAAUAUUCGCGCUCGACUGGAGACUACAGUAUACUCGAAGAGUAUCUGGACACAGCUGUGAAGUCCUAUCUCUACAACGGUGGGAAAGGAAAACUCGUCUCAAUCUCUGUGCUGGUAAAACGCAGGAACAAAGAGAGGAAUGCCCAACUCGGUGCUCUCCGGAGAAAAAAAGGUCGCGGUAAAAGCGGUCCAAAUAUCCUUGACGACAUCAAUCAAGAUCGUCUUGGUGCCGAUGACUUCCUGAAGGAGAGAUUUCUUACAGCUCUUAAAAUCCUUGACGGCUUCAGUGCAUGCGGUGGUCAGAAGGUCUUCAAAUACCGCGAGCUGGUGUGGGAUAUCGAACAGAGAGGGAGGAUGGGCGAAAACCUUCUACACAUUUGCCUAUUGCACAACACUGCUGACAUGAAUGAACUGGCAAAGCAGAUCGUCAAUCGAUUUCCAAAAAUCGUCAACGACAUAUUUAUUUCUGAAGAUUACUACGGUAUUACAUUACUACGGCUUCACCGGUAA